AUGGUGAAAUCUUGUCCUUUUGUUCAGUUUUCGAAUGAUAUAUUGAAGAUUCCUUUUUAAAUUUUUGAAAUGGAGUUUUUUUAUGCGAAAAAUAAUGGCUUUUUCUCAUUUUUAAUUGUUAAUUUUUUUGCCUGAAAUGGAAUUUUUCUUUUUUUCUGAACUUUUUUUGAAGAUUCUUAUUUUUGCAUUGGUAGAAUUUUGAACUCCUUUCAAUCAAUAAUCAGUUAAAAAUCCAAAAGCUUAAAGAUUUGAACAAAAAAAAUGACAAAAUUUUUUUAAUAUCAAGAAGUAGUUUUAAUGAUUCUCUAAGGAACUUGGUAACUUUAGGAAGGAAUUUUUUUAAUUAUUUCUAAAAAGGCUUAGAAAAGUUCCGGAAAAUCAAUUAACCUAAAAAUUGGGGUUUUGUACACAGAAAUGCACAUAAAAAGACGUGAGGUUGAGUUUUUCAGUAGAUUUUCCGGAAAAAAAACAUGUUUGGAAACUUUUUACGUGAAAAAAUUGAGCGAAAAAACGUUUCCCAAUCUUUUUUUGACUUUACGGAAGAAUUUUUUGUUGUUUCGAAUCAAAAUUAUUCAUUUCUCGAGCUCUAAAUGAAGUAAAUGGAACUUAAGAGGCGAUUUCCUCGGAGUGUAAUGGUUGAUCAACGGGGCGACAUGAGCCUCACCUCCUCGCCGGUUUAUCGGCCGUCGAGUUUGACGAGGAUGGUUCAUCGACGGUCCUCCUUGACCACGAGGUCCUUCCAGCCGCCGACCACUUCCCAGAGAACUGUGAGGGUUCAGGAAAAUUGAAUAAAAUAGUCUUUUUGAUGAUUUUUCAACUCCAACAAGGUGUUAUGAAGGGAAUUUUUUUGAAAAAAAUUUUAUUUUUUUAAGGCUAGAAAAAGAGGAGUUUUGGAAUUUUUAAAAAAAUUUUUUUAAAAAAAUCGGUCGCGAUGCGGAAUUUGGCGCGAAUUCAAAUUUUUCGAAUUUUUUUCUAACGAAUCCUGUUGAAAAAAAUUGAUUGAAUUUCAUCCAAUUUAUAUCAAUUUUUUUCGCAAAAAUCUUAUUAAUUUUUCAAUUUUGGUUUUUGCGAUUAUAAAAUAAAUUAUAUUAUCAUUUUCAAGAGAAUAUGGUGCUUUUUUUCUUUGAAUAAAAAGAAAAUUUUUCCAAUAAGUCAAUAAAUUUUUGAACUGGCGCCAAGAAACGCAACGCGACCGCUUCGCACCGUUUCAAACCGAAAAAAAUAAUUUAAAAAAACUGUUUAUUGCAUCUUCAAUGUAAGAAUACAUGUGCAAUCGACUUUCAUUUAAAAAAAAAUAAUGCCGUGUUCAAUUUGAUUCCGCGAAAUGCAAACUACUCGUUAGAGAAAGGAAAAGAUCAUUAAAUUUUGGAGAAUCAGAGAUCAUUUCGCGUUUCGCGGAAUCGAAUUGAACACGGCAUAAAUUAUCUUCACCGAUUUUCUUGUUCAGCAAGAAGAAGACGAAUCGGUCAGUGGAAACGAAGAAUUCUACCGUAAUCAUUUUUCUGUCAUCGAACGCUCCGAAAUGGUCUUUCAGAAAUGGUUUCCGAAUAAAAUGAACCCAUUGAAAAAGCCCCUUUCUAGGUCGGACAUCUGGAAUUAUAGAACACGUUGGCUUCGACGACGAUUCUCGCCGACUUGGACCGCUUGUCGGAGAUUUUUGGAGUCGAUGAUUCUUAUUUUUAUCCUGGCCAAGUGUGAGUAUUGAGCAGAAACUCGUUUUUUGCGAGUUUUUAUUUUGAAAUGUUUUGAAACCAUUUUUAGAUUUUCAAGCCUUUUUUUGAACAUUUCAUGCCGUUUUACGCCCUAAGUUUCCAUUCCAAUUCAUUUUUUCUGAUUGAAUUUUUUUCAGUUCUCGAAGAUCCCUCAUAACUCAAAAAUAUUAUAAGUAAUUCAAUGGAACUUUGAAAAAAAGUCGUUCGUUUUUUUGAUGGUUUUUCUUUUUUUCAAAAAUUCUGAAUGAUUUUUUUGAACAUUUUUCAAGGUUUUGUCAACGCUUUUUGGAGUACAGAUUUUUAUUCACUGUGUUUUUUUGUUUCGAUUCCAAUUUUUCUAAAAACUGGUCAUUAAUUUCUCAAGAAUUUUUAGUCAAAAUUCACUUUUUUUGAGUUUAUUCCCUUCAAAAAAUGCUCAAAAAUAUUAUUCAACUCUAUUUUAUACAUAAAAUAACUGGAUUUCAGGUCCAAUAAAAUGAAAUCGGUCCGAAAUUCACUUUAAAAGACAAGAAAUCUCUUUUUUUUUUAUCAUUUUCAUUUUUUGAAACUUUCAAAUUAACCGAAAUCAAGAACUUUUUCGAAGACGUGAUCAAUUCUGAACUUCAAAAAAAUCAGAAAUAAAAAAAUUAUGAGAAAUCGACCGAAUCGAUUUUUUUCCACCAUUUACGAAUAUAUUUCAGAAAUUCACAGCCUGAAAAAAACUGAGUUUUGAUAAAAUUGAAGAAAAAAAGAAAAAAACUGAGCUUCAAAAAAAUUAUCUUGAUUUCGUUUUUUUAAUAUUUUUGAAAUCAUACACAGAGAGUCGAGAGAUUUUUUUUACUACAUAGACGAUUUUAUUCGUUUUUGCUUUAGGUAAUGCUUUUUUUUAAUGCUUCCAACUUUCAGACGUUGGUGAUUGCUUUCAAAUUUCAUCGAAUUCCGAUACAAAUGAAAAUAUCGCCCAUUUCCACACUGAAGUGAGUUCAUUGAGAAUUCCCUUCAUAAUAAUUUCGGUUUCAGUUGAAUCGUUUGACAGAAAAUCAUAACCAAUUGCUGAGACACUUGGAAAGGCUCGAAAACAAAUUGGAGAACUACCAAGUGUCGAAAGAUGACGUCAGCGCCCAGGUUUAUUAUGACGUCAUUUUUGAUUGAAUGUGACGUCAUUUUGCAGCUCUCGGUCCUCCGAGAACGUUUUGAGGAGUUUGAGAGCAAAAUCGGUCAAAUCAAAGAAGAGGCGUUUAUUUCUGUGAGGGCGUUGGCUCAAGAGGUUUGUACAGCGAAAUUUUGGAUACCGUAAUCUUGAGAAAUGAAUUUUUGAGAUUUUCAUGCUUUAUUACGCCAUGUUUAUUAGAUAAAAAAAUUUUUUGCAAAAAAAACUAUAAAUAACUCCAAAAUAAGAAAAAUGUACCACUUCGUAGCAAAUUCAUGGCGCUAAUGAGCUUUUUUUAUUUUUGAGCAUUUCUAAGUUAUUCAGUUGAACAUGUUACGGGAAACAACUGAGUUUUGAGCUAAAAUUAACUUUUUACUUUUUCGAUUUUUUUUUUCGUGCAUUUUCAACUUAGCGGUAAUCAUUGAUUUUAAGAAUUUCGCAGUCAUAUUGUCUUACUGUAGCUGGGAGCUAAGAUUACUGUAAAUCUAAGUUCUAAAACCAACAACGAUUUUAGGUUGACAAAGUCGUGGCGAAGGCUGAAGAGCCGAAGCCUGUAGAGCCAAGGAAGGAAGAAAAUACGGUAGACCCAGAUCAGGACAGCUUUUUGGCCUCUGUGGCGAAAAAAGACGUCAGCGGAGUUCAGAAUAUCGUCUUCCGACGUCGUCCAAAAAGCUGAAGGCGUCAACGUCGCCAGCAGCUUGAUUGGUAGGAUCCAAAAAAAUUAUCGAAGUUUCACCCCCCUUUUUUUGAGAAUUUUUUAAAAAUCGAAUUCUUAGAAAAGAAAUUUUUCUUAUGACUCAUGCAAGUGCGAGAUAAUGAAUGAUAUAGACUUAUAAUAUUUUGAAUGUCAAUUAGAAUGACGUCAUUCGGAAACGCUCUGCGGAUGGCUCGCACCCUCAUUGCAUUAUCGCGCCAUUAGGGGCGGAGCUUGAGCAAAGGCUUGACAUUCAAAAUCUGAACAGACGAUAGUCCCCGGCCGAAUUUUUGAUGCAAAAGUAGGUACCUCAAGAGAGUUGUUAGCAUCGGGGUUGCAUGGGAUUCCGUCUUGCGCAGUUCGGCUACCGUUUUCUACGUUCCUCUAAAAAAAAUUUUACUUCCGCGUUCCGUUUGGAAAAAAAAAAAAUAAAGCUACUGUGCAACCCUGUCUGACCAUGUAUGCUUGUUAUAUCAGGAUCAUUCAGUUUUGUAAAAUUCGUAAGAAUGAGCUUUUUAGGAGCGAAAAUCUCCGACGAAGCGUCGAGCCGAACGGCCAGCGUCAUGGACAGUUAUAUCAUGCAAUUUGUCAACUACGUCUACCCGUCGACUCGUGGCGGCUACGCCAUUUUGGUGAGGAAUUUUCAUUUUGAAAAAGAUUCCUUUUCUAGAAAAUCAGAAAGAAAACUUUGAAAAACAUUAUUCAAAGCUCUUUCUACACUCAAUAACGCCAGAAAAGUCGACUCUCAUUACCGCGCCCCCAUCGCAAUAAGCCCGCGCCACCCUUGCAUAAAGCCACGCCCACUAACCCUUUUCUUCCAGGAACGCGAUAUCGUGCAGCCUGGCGAGGCCUGGUGCUCAUUGGAACGCGAACCGAAACUCACGAUUCGAUUGGCCCGAGCGGCUCGGGUCAAAUCCGUCUCCUACCAACACUUUGGCUGGACUGGAAUCCCGCCCACCCAUGCCCCCAAAGACUACGACGUCGUGGUUUGGUCCCAUCGAGAUUUAAAGCAUACGGUAGCCUGAUUUCAGCUGUGCUUGACGACUUGCUGUAGCGAGUCCGUGCCGCUGGCCACCGACUGUACCUAUGGGACUGAACACGACGGAAAUCAAGUCCCCGAGCAGUUUUGCGUCGUUAAUGUACGUUUGGAACAGAAAUAGCUGUUUUCUCUGCCCCUCCUUGUCUCUCGGCGAUCCUCUCAUUUUGCCGUGCUCUUUUCCUUUUUCUCUGACCUCGCCGGUGAGGGAACAGAGAGACGCAGACGCUCGAAAAGUGCCCAGUCGCGGCAAACGGACUGUUGUCUCUAACUUUAUUUUCUUUUUUCUCUGCUCCCUCUCAUUUUGACGUGCUAUUUCCAUGCUUCUCUGGCCUCGCCGGUGAGGGAACAGAGAGACGCAGACACUCAAAAGAUUUCUAGUCGCGUCGAAUGGACUGUAGUCUCUAACUUUAAUGUUUUUUUUUUCUGCUUCCUCUCAUUUUGACGCGCUAUUUUCCUUUUUCUCCAACCUCGCCGGUGAGGGAACAGAGAGACGCAGACACUCGAAAAGAUUCUAGUCGCGUCGAAUGGACUGUAGUCUAUAACUUUAAUCUGUCGAUUUUCUCUGCCCCCUCCUGGUCUCUCGGCGAUUCUCUCAUGUUAACGCGCUGUUUUCCUUUUUCUCUGACCUCGCCGGUUAGGGAACAGUGAGACGCAGACACCCGAAAAGUUUUGUAGUUUUGCCGGACGAGCUAUAAUAGUAAUCGAUUUUUGAUGAGCUGCGAGAAUAUAAUUCUUUCAACCUGUUACUAUAGCCUGUGUAACGCGACUUGGAAUUUCACCAAACGACAUUCCGCUAUGCCGCUGCGCGCCUUUGCGAACCUCGGUCGCCCUACUUUCAUUUGCUCCCACAGCAAUAACAAUAAAUUGAUAGCGUGACCAAGAUUUGAAAGACGCUCCGCGAACGCACGCAGCGGAACAGCGGAAUGUCGUUCCGUGAAAUUUCGUGGCACACAGACUAGAAUAAAUCUAUGCUCCCUUCUUCUCAGCAAGAAGACGUCCCCGUCGCCCGGCUGGUCCAGUUCCGCUUCAGAAGCAACCACGGCCAGGCGCGGAAGACGUGCGCCUACCUGGUCCGUGUCUACGGUGACGUCAUCGACGACCCUCUCGAAGCGACGUCACAAGCCGAUGGUGACGUCAUCAAGUCAGUCAAUUCAACUUUCCGCGCUUUCGUCAAGUCUCUUCCCUAUGCAUCCAGGAUCUUCGAAUGA